GGACAGAGUGAAGAGGAAGGGAGAGAGACAUAGUAAGGAGGUUUAGGAACUAGAGAGAGUUUUUGCCAGUGAUACAGUGCAGGCAGACAGACAGACACAACAAAUUUUCCUCCUGCAGCUUCCAUAUGCACUGCAGCAACACUAGUGUGUUUUAAACAUCCAGUGCAGGCAACUGGGAAAGGGAGUUGCCUACUUGCAGAGGUCAGGCAGGCAGAGGGGAAGCCGGUGGAUGUUUUUAAGAGUUUGCUUAUCUGACACUGACAACAGGAUGAGAAGCUGAGUGAGGAAGCAGUCAGGGGAGAAAAACAUGGAGAGAGCAGCAUUACCGACAGCCCAUGUACAUAGGAGACAUAGAAGAGACAGACACAGGUUACCUUGAGAGAGGUAAAAAAAAAAAAAAAAAGAAGAGGUAAAUAGUCCACUUUGCCCAUUCUGUCCAAAGGAGAGGGAGCGAGAGCCGAGGGAUCGUAACACUGGAGCUCAAGGAUAAACCAUGGACUCUGCAUACAUCCCACCACACCUGGACGUCCACCAUGUUCCCUGCUAACCUCCUGCUCCUCAUGGUCCUGCUGCUACCUCAAGCCUCGUCUGGUCGCCAGGGUGGAGACACCAGCAAGAUUGACCAUGACAGGGUGCCUUCGUCCAUGUCGCCCCCACCCGCUGGUCCCCUCCACCUGGAGCCCAGUCUGGCUCUGACCAUCCAGAAUCUCCUCCUGAGCCGUCUGGGCCUGCAGUCACAACCCAACCCUCGGUCGGAAGUGCCAGUGCCUGGGUACCUCCUGGAUCUUUAUCGCUUCCACCAGCAGCAGUACCAUCUAGUGGAGGACCCUUCGUUUAGCUUCCCCAGCCAGCACAUCCAGCAGGCUAACACCGUACGCAGCUUUCACCACACUGAGCCCCUUGGUGACAAUCCCAUAGCAGUGGAUCGUAAGAGGGUGCACAUCUCCUUUAACGUUUCCUCCAUCCCUCAGGAUGAGAGAGUGAUCUCCGCUGAGCUUCGGCUCCUCCGUAGUCACAGAGCCUCCCUGGGUCCUGGGGCCCACAGACUAAACCUUUACCUCGCUGAGCAUCAUAAGGACCCUGAGCCAACCCUGCUGGAAACAAGGUUACUCCCCACGGGCCUCCACGGUCAUAAAGCAAGUGGUUUCUGGGAGGCCUUUAGCCUAAGUGCAGAGCUCCUCCAUGAGGCCCUUGCUGGGACUGGCAGUCUGGGCUUCCUCCUGGAGGUCAAACCUGAGAACAGCACCGCCUCGCUCCCUGACCAGCAUCUCUUCUCUGCAGCAGGUGAGAAGGAGGCAGAGAAACACAAGCAGGGACACCUGAGGGUAUGCAGGUCUGUGGGUCAAGACGAGCACAGCUGGGCCCAGGAGAGACCCCUCUUGGUGACUUAUAGUCAUGACGGGCGUGGGGAGCCCUUGGUCAAACAUGGCAGGAGGACCCCCAAUGGAGGCCAGAGGAUGAGAGGAAGAAAGGGGACAAAAGAGAGGGCCAGGAGCAGCAGCAAGGGCCGAAAUAGAGACCAAGCCUCUGGGAGGGCCAAAAAAACGGGGUAUAGAGCGCCGGGCUGGGGGGGUGAUAAAGGAAGAGUCAGUUGGAGCGAUAGUGGAAGGGUGAAAAGAAAUGGUGGUCGUGCUGCGAAACUGAAACGCCUUUCUCGUAACAGAUGCCGCCGUCAUCCUCUAUAUGUAGAUUUCAACGAUGUGGGCUGGCAUAAGUGGAUCAUUGCACCCAGCGGCUACGAUGCCUUCUUCUGCCUGGGAGAGUGUCGCUUUCCUCUGGCCGACCACAUGAACUCCUCCAGCCACGCGAUGGUGCAAACUCUGGUAAACUCUGUGAAUGGAGCAGUGCCCCGGGCCUGCUGCGUCCCCACCUCCCUCAGUCCCAUCGCCCUGCUCUACCUGGACCCUCAAGACCGAGUGGUGCUGAAGAAUUACCAGGACAUGGUGGUGGAGGGCUGCGGCUGCCGGUAGUGGGCUGGAGAACUCACCCAGAGAAAGCCAGACGUGGACUGAGGAGCAUCGAGGGAAUAGACAAAAGACUGAAGCAUGAAAAGGCAGAUGGUGGGAAGAAGAGAAUGUUGAAGCCAGCUAACUGCAAACAGACAUGGAGACUGAUAGAGACAAAUGUAAUGUGUGGCGUGAGGAGGAUGAGUGGAGAGGAGGGAGAUAAGGGAAUGGAAAUAGCAGCUAAAUCUUCAUUAUCAGGGGCAAAGAAAACACAGUCAGACAUAGAAAGAGAAAAAAAAGAGUGGCAGAAACAGACAAAAUCUGCC